AUGGAUGGAGAAUCGCCCAGCCAGGAGACAUCUGAGUCUACUGAGACGACCAGUCAGACUGACACCAACAACAACAGCAACCAGAGAGAAGAGCCAGGAGUGGAGGAGAGUAAAGACCCAGGGAGAGAGCCUCCUGCAGGGGAGACAGUGGAAGGUCAGGGGGCGAUGGAAGUGAGGGAGAAGAAGGAAGAGGAGGAUUCAGUAGCAGAGCAGGGAGGAGAAGAGGAGGCCAGUGCUGGAGAUGCAGACAAGCCCCAGACUCCUCCUCCACGUGUUGAAGGUGACGCUAAAGAGGCGGAAGACAAAGCCACCAUUGAUGUGGAUGUGAAAGAUCCAGAAGUGAUGACUGCAGUAAAAGAUGUGGAGGGAGAGCGGAAGGAAGACAAGAAGGAUGGGCAGGUGGAAGAGGUCAAGGGUUGCUCGACUGCAGGAGAUGGAGAGGAUAUGACAGACAAAAAAGAAGAGAAAAAUAAGAAGAAAACAGAGGAAAAAGCAACAGAAGCAGAAAAAGAUGAAAAGGUUGAAAAAACGGCAAAAGCCACAGAGAAGAAAAAGCAAGUCGAGGAGGUGGAUGUAAAAACAAAAGACAAAGAAAAGAUUAAGGAGGUUGAAAAGCAAACAAAGCCCAAAAGAAAGAGUGGUCCUCCCUCUUCUCUCUCCCGACCAAGACCCUCUGCACGCUCUAUUAGAGCAGCCGCUAAAAAUGACAUCAUCGCCAAGUUCCAACAAGGUGCACCAGAGACACCAGCACCCCGCAACUUCAAAAUCCAGAAGUCAUCUUCAGCCGCGGCUACAGGAGCUACAAUCAAACAGAAGAUGCUUCAGUGGUGUCGCAGCAAGACGCGCAAGUAUGAGGGUGUCAACAUAGAAAACUUCUCAUCGUGCUGGUGUGACGGGAUGGCCUUCUGUGCUCUGAUUCAUCGAUUCUUUCCUGAUGCCUUUGACUACAGCUCGCUGAAUCCAAAGGAGAGGAAGAAAAACUUCACUCUGGCCUUCCAAACUGCAGAGUCCCUGGCCGACUGCUGCCCUCUGCUGGAAGUAGAGGACAUGCUCAUGAUGGGUAACAACCCGGAUCCAAUGUGUGUGUUCACAUAUGUCCAGUCUCUCUGCCACAACCUCUCCAAAAUAGAGAAAGAGCGGAAGGACAAAGAAAACGAGAAGAAAGAAAAGGCUGGUAAGGAGGGAGAAGAGAAAGAGAACGGACAAGAUGAAGCUGGAGAGACGUCUGUGGAGAAGGACGAGGGACAGUCUGCUGAGAGCGAGACGAUGGGAAGCCAAGAGGAGAAACAGGGAGAUGUGACAGAGCCAGGAGGUGAGGAAGAGGGAGAAAAAGCACCAAACAGCUGUGAGAUUGAGGGAGAGGGAGGCGUGUUAGUGAACGCAGAGUCCUAG